AUGGCUUCCACCACAACUGCUGCCGGUGCAGGCAGUGACGGUGGUGGUGAUGGUGGUGGUGGUGGUCCGAAGGCCCUCGAACCCGGCGCCAAGAACAACGAGGUCAAGUUCGGGAAGCACCUGGCCUCGAGCGACAAGCGAGUGCGCGACCGCACGGUGGGCGCGCUGCGGGAGUGGCUCCGCCAGCGAAGCAGGGGGGGGAGCCUGACCGACUUGGACUUGCUCAAGAUCUGGCGCGGGCUAUGGUACUGCAUGUUCAUGUGCGACAAGGCUCCCGUCCAGCGAGAGCUCGCCGAGAACCUGGCCGGCCUGCUUCGCCUCUUCAAGGACGACCGGGCUGAGGGUGUGCGCUUCUUCAAGUCCUUCUGUGUCACUAUGCAGCGCGACUGGGAGCGUAUCGACAACCUCCGGAUCGACAAGUACUACACCCUGGUGCGGGUGUUCGUCCGAGAGGCGCUGGCCUUCUGUUGCCUCCCCCCCCCGGCCGUGGAAGGCCAGCCCAAGCAAAAGAAAAAGAAGAAGGGCAAGAAGAACUCUCCAGCGGAAGAGGCAGAGACGUCCGCUAAGGCCGGCGGCGUGUGGGACCUAGGCCUCCUCGGCGCAAUGUCGGACGUAAUGGAGGUCGAAGUCCUUACGCUGCGCCCGGCCCCGAUCGGCCUGAGGCUCCACCUCGCGGACGUCUGGGCGGAGGAGGCGUGCAACGCGGGGGGCGCGGACAUGCCCACAGAGGCGUUUCUGGUGGCGCUGGCGCCGUGGCUGAGGGUGGCCGCGGAACCAGAGACGAAUCCGGUGGUGUUCCGGAGAACCUUUGAAGGGGUGUUCGAGGGACUCCUGGGGUUGUUCCCGGAAGAUAAGGAUGGGAUGGAAGAGGAGGAGGAGGAGAAGAAGGUGUUUGCGGCGGUGGAGUUGGACCGGGUGCAGGCGUGCUUGUUCGAGGUGGCCGCAGCCCCGCAGACCCGGGAUAAACGCCGCGUGAAGCUGUACGAACUCCACCGCCGCUAUCAGAAGCGUACGGGGGUGACGCCCGACGCUACCGCGCCUCCCAGCGGCAUUCUUCCCCUCCCUGAGGAGUCUGACGAUGAUGAGGAGGAGGAGGGAGGGGGCGACGGGGAAUACGACGGCGAGUACGUCGAGGCCGGCGCGAGGCUGCGCGCGGCGAGGGGACCAGAGCCGGCGGUGGCGGGUUGGGUGGCUGCCGGAAUCGCCUCCGGCGCCAUCAGCUCGGAGGAGGGUGGAGAAGAGGGGGGUGGUAAGAAGGCCAAGAAGAGGAGGAAGAGGAGCGGCAGCGAGGACGAUGAGGCGGAGGUAGACGGCGGUGGCGAGAAGAAGAAGAGGAGGAGCGGGGAGGAGGAAGAGGAGGAGGCUAGCGCCAAGAAAAGGCAGAAACAAUCGAGAGGUUCGGUCGAGAAGGACAGCGGGGAGGUCGCUGACGCUGAGGCGCCGGCGGCUACCCGUGCGGGAGUCGAAGCCGGGGCAGAUGCUGAAGCGGGGGCCGUAACCCCUGGCAAGAAGAGCGCCAAGAAGCGCAAGAAGGUAGAGGCCUCUCCGCCGGGGGGUGCCUCCAACGGCGCCGUGACGGGGGAGGGGACGGUGGUGGCGGCGGCGGCCAACGGCGACGGCGUGUCGUCUCCCCCUUCGAGCAGCAAGCGCAAGAAGAAGAAGAAGCGCAGGGGCUCGGCCGAUGGUGUGGCGACGGUUGCCGAUGACGAUGCGGCCGCCGCCGCUUUGUCAACGGUAACAGCAGCAACUCCGGAAGCGGAGGCAGCAGCUGCCAACGGCGACGGCGUAUCGUCUCCCCCUUCGAGCGGCAAGCGAAAAAAGAAAAACAAGGGUAGGGUCUCGGCCGAUGGUGUAGCGGCGGAUGCUGGUGACGAUGCGGCCGCCGCUGUGUCAACGGCAACAGCAGCAGCUCCGGAAGCGGAGUCAGCAGCCCCGGCCGACGUAGUAGCGGAGAGUCCUUCCUCGAGCAAGAAGAAGAAGAAGGGCAAGGAGGAGGAAAAGGUGGCGACGCCUGAUGCGGGAGAGUCGGAGACCACCCCCGAGGAUGAUGCAACAACCACCCCAGACUCGUCGUCAGAGAAGAAGAAGAAAAAGAAAAAGAAGAAGCGGCCUUCCCUCGAAGCGGUAGCGUCGCCGACACCCCUCCCCGGAAACACCGCCUCCGAAGAGGUUUCGGCGCCGUCCUCGGGUUCGUUCCAAACCCCGCCGAAGAAUGCCGGGGGCGGCGGCGGCGGCUCCUCUAGCAAGAAGAAGAAGAAGAAGAAGAGCCCGGCAGCCGGCGAGAGCGCGAGGAAGACCGUAACUUUCGGGGCCAACAUGGCGAAGGAACACCAAAAGUCGGUAAAGGACUUGAAGACGCGGGUUAUCACACCCUCGAAGGACGCUGGAACUCCCCAAAAGGGGCUCUUGAAGGUCGGCGGGGGGGGGUCCGGGGUCAAGCUCAUGAAACCUGCGGCAGGGCGAAAGGAUACCCCGUACGCCGGCAAGAAGAAGGCCUCCGAUUAUUUCUAGUGUGAAAGGGCGGGGUGUAGUCAUUGCCGUGCAUGCCGUGGUCGUAGGCCAUUGACCUCGCAUCCCUGCAAAGCAAAGCAGGGACGGAGUAGAGGAGGGGGCGCAAACCGGGGUAUUGGGGUGUAGAGAUACGUUGGACAGCUGGUGUGAAGUUUCCAGCAGUGAUGAUGCAGAUCCGCCCUCUCGGUGAAAAGUGUGCUACGGUGUUCGUUGUUUUUUGUUAUCCUUCUUUUCCGAUGUUCUGACUUUUGAAUCUCUCUCACACGUGGGCGGGCCUGGCUGUGCUGUUGGCUCUGCCUUUUGGUGUAUUUUAGUCGUUGUUCGAUCCUGCAAACCGUAUUUAUUGAUCACUUCGCCUACUUUAUCAUGCCAAGGAACCAGCUUAAAUGGCGUGGACCGAUUUUCCUCGGGAUUGAAUAUCAGCGCAGUUCCUCGAACGUGAUGGCCCCCUUCUCUUCUCCGUUGGUAGUAGUAGGUGAACGUGUCGCUUGGUGACUUGUUGAUGGACCUGUUGAGCAAAAUGACGUUCCGAACACAGCGCGGGCUGUAGGCAAAACGGUUUGGCACACAACAGCAGGAACAUGACACACAAUACACGGAGCAACGAGCG